AUGCAUUAUAAAUUAAAUAAAGAUCCUCUAAAUGAAAUUUUAAAAUGUACUUAUAAGCGAUACAGAAACUUUUGUAAUGAUAUAUUAAAAAAACAAAAGAAUCAUUAUGAAAGAAAUGAAUUGAAAGCUGCUGGAAAUGAUAAUAAAAAAAUUUGGAAUGUUGUUAAAAAUAUAAAUAACUUAAAUAAACCAAAAGAGCUACCAGCUGAACUUCUCAAGAUUGAAAAUAACCCUCUUAGUUCCGUCAACUUUAUAAACACUUUUUUUGCAAAUAUAGGCUCUAACUUGUCAAAUAAACUUAAAAUAGAUCUUCCGCCUCUUCCUACCACUGUAAAUCCUGUAACAGUCAAAAGUAAGUCUUUUGUCCUACUUAAAACAAGUGUAGAAGAACUCGAACGUCUCAUUCUUAAUCUCAAGACUGAUUGUGGUGCUGGCUGGGAUGGUAUUACGCCAAAAAUUUUAAAAUGUCUUAAAGAAUUUAUAAUCCCCCCACUUAAUCAUAGCUUUAAUAGGUGUCUAGAAGAAGUUAUUUUUCCAACAGUUUUAAAAAGGUCCAUCACAAUACCAGUUUUUAAAAACGGAAAGCGUGACAUCAUCACUAACUAUCGUCCAAUAUCGUUACUCCCGUCUAUGUCUAAGCUCCUUGAAAGAAUAAUAAACACUAGACUUAUAAAAUAUUUAGAAGAUAAUGAAAUUCUCUCAAAUGGUCAAUUCGGUUUUCGAAGAAGUAAAUCAACUACGGACGCUAUACAUAUUUUUACAGAAUUUAUUGUGCAAAAAUUAGAUUCCAAUAAAAAAUGUAUCACAAUCUUUAUUGAUCUGCAAAAAGCUUUUGACACUAUUUCAUCUUCUAAACUGAUCGAGAAACUUGAAAAAAUGGGUAUUAGAAAUGUACAAUUACAACUUUUUAGAGAUUACCUACAAAAUCGCUCACAACGAGUUAGGAUAGGAGAGAUUUUUAGUGAUGAAAGACCAAUCAAUUACGGAGUACCACAAGGAAGUAUUAUCGAUCCAACUCUCUUCCUUUGCUACAUAAACGAUCUUUGUCAAUUAAACAUCCCAAAUUGUAAAAUAAUCUCAUAUGCUGACGACACAACCCUCUCGUUCUACGGUGACUCUUGGGAAGAAGUUUUCAAAAUUGCACAGGAUGGUUUCAAUAUAGUGUGUCACUGGCUUGCUCUAAAUAGUCUCACUUUAAAUACCGAUAAAACCAAAUAUGUAAUGUUUUCCAUCCGAAAUUCAACCUGUAUUACAAAUAAAUUUAAAAUCAUAGCACAUUCAUGUAAUAUGACCUCUAUUUCUAAUUGUAAAUGUCCUGAUAUUGAAAAUACAAAUAACAUAAAGUACCUCGGCAUAAUAAUAAGCAAGAAUCUAACUUUCAAAGAACAUAUAAACUAUUUAGUUCAAAAAAUUAGAAAGCUUAUCUACAUAUUUAAAAACUUAAGACAUAUCGCAAACUGGAAUUUAAUUAAAACUGUAUAUGAAUCGUUAGGUAAAUCUAUCCUGUCCUAUGGCAUUUCUGUAUGGGGAGGCUCUAGUAAAACAUUAAUGAUGGAAGUUGAAAAGGUACAAAGGAUGAUAUUAAAAAUUGCCUUGAAAAAACCUAGGACGUAUCCGACUACGAACUUAUACGCAGAAGCCAAUGUGUUAACGGUUCGAAAAAUUUACAUAUUAUCAAUAAUCUUAAAAAAACAUAGUUGUAUUGAUUUGUUGGAUAAUAUAAGGAACUCUGGUACGAGGAGAGAUUAUGAAGUCUGUGAAAUUAUUCCGGUAAAAACAUUUUUUGCUCAAAAGUUUUUCAGUUUUAGAGGUAGUCGAUUAUAUAACAAAGCAAACAAAUUACACCGUAUCAUUAACCUAACUAAAUUUGAAUGUAAAAAGAAAAUUUCAAAUUGGCUGCUUAAACUUGAUUACGAAAAAACAGAACAAUUACUGCAGAUUGCAUCUUAA